CGCCCUAUCAUACGUGUAUGCUCGGUAACCCACAUUUUGCAGUAGAGCCCACGUAAAGUUUGGGAAAUCCGCCAGUUUCUCAGUUUGUGUUUGUAUCAGCUAGUAGCCACUCAACUUGCUAGUAGCCUACCAAAAAAGUUGGAUAGUUUGACAGCUGUCACGUUAAUGAUAAAUUAUUUCUAGUCCGAGCUUUCUAUAAGUAAAAGUUUUAAAAAAAACCUGCCUUGUUAAAUCAUAGUGAGUGGUCAGUCAAUGCUGCUAAAUUUACCGAAAUUAUUUACCGAAGAAUAGUAACUGGAUACUGUCGUGUUCGUGUGAUUGCUGCGGCCUAUAGAUUCAUCGGCGUUUAGUAGUGAAUACGUGUCGAUUUUCAUCUAAUAAAAUUCAUCUGCCACAGCCACCAAAUUACUAUAGAAUCAGUAACUAACACUUUUUCAAUGUUAGAUCUACUGUCUAACACAAGUAGUAACGGAACAGUCACGAUGUCCAGAAAAAGGACUAGGAGCAGAUCGGAAGAGAUUGUGUCAACAACAAAUCUGCCUCAGCCUGUAACGGGUUGUUGCUUGCCAGCACCGUUCAGCGAGGAUCCAGAGCCUAGUGCGUUGAGGAACGCCUGCGAUUACUCGAGGCGGAUUACGUUGGAUGAAGCCAGGGCCGGACUCGCGCCCAGGCCUGUGAGGGUUUAUGCUGACGGAGCGUUCGAUCUAUUCCACCAGGGUCAUGCCAGGGUGUUGCAGCAAGCAAAGAAUGCCUUUCCCAACAUUUACCUUAUUGUCGGAGUUUGCAGUGACAAGAUGAUCAACAAGCACAAAGGCCGGACCGUACUGAAAGAAGAAGAACGAUACAAUGCCGUGCAGCAUUGCCGAUAUGUAGAUGAAGUUCUACGAGAUGCACCGUGGGAAUAUAGUGACGAGUUUCUCAGGAGGCACAAGAUCGAUUUUGUAGCUCACGAUGAUAUACCUUAUUCGUGUGGUGACACUGAGGAUAUAUAUGCUGAAUUGAAGCGUAGAGGCAUGUUUCUGCCUACCCAAAGGACUGAGGGAGUGUCUACCUCUGACAUAGUUGCAAGGAUAGUCAGAGAUUACGAUGUAUAUGUCCGGAGAAAUCUAGCUCGGGGCUACUCUGCCAAAGAUUUGAAUGUAUCUUUCCUAAAAGAGAAGAAGUUUAAGUUGCAGAAUAAGAUGCACGAGUUGAAAGAUAAGGGUAAGAAUCUAAUGGAUUCGAUUGGUGAGAAGACAGACGAUAUAAUCGCCAAAUGGGAAGAUAAGUCAAGGGAAUUUGUGGAUAGCUUUCUGUUGUUCUUUUUCAAAAAGCCGUUGAAGAUUUGGAAUAAUUCCAAGGAGAAGAUUUUGAAUGCCAUCACGUCGGAUCAGUCAAGUUCAUCUCAUUCUAGUGAUAAUGACGAUGAUGAGGAUAUUGUGCCCAUUAAAAGGAGGAGUCGGUGUGCCAACCAGCUCCAUUCAGCUGCGACCCUGAAGCAGUGCGCAGACGCGAGGAAUGUGAUUACACGAACCGUAUCAGCUAUGAAGAAGCCAAGAGUGGAGCAGCACCAAGACCAAUCAGAGUAUACUCAGAUGGGAUCUACGAUCUCUUCCACCAAGGGCACGCCAGGCAGCUCAUGCAGGCGAAGAAUCUCUUCCCCAACGUCUAUCUGAUAGUAGGAGUAUGCAACGAUGACCUAACGCACAGUAAAAAAGGUCGUACCGUGAUGACAGAAGACGAGCGAUACGAAGCGCUGCGACAUUGCCGGUACGUUGACGAGAUCGUACGUGACGCGCCGUGGGAGUUGGACGAAGAGUACGUCCUAUGGCACAAGAUUGACUUCAUUGCGCACGACGACAUUCCAUAUGGAUCAGAUGAGAGCCAGGACGUAUAUGCUGUUUGGAAGGCGAAAGGGAUGUUUGCGGCGACACAAAGGACAGAGGGUAUAUCCACAUCUGACAUAGUCGCCCGUAUAGUACGCGACUAUGACAUAUACGUCAGGCGGAACCUGGCCAGAGGAUACUCAGCCAAAGAUCUGAACAUUUCGUAUCUGAGCGAAAAGAAAAUCCGGUUGCAGAACAAGAUGCACGAAUUAAAGGACAAAGGGCGGCGUGUGAUGGACUCGAUAGGGGAACGUAAGGAUGAUAUGAUAGCCAAAUGGGAGGAGAAGUCUCGGGAGUUUAUCGAGAAUUUCCUGUUGCUGUUUGGCAGGGAACGGUUAUCGAAUAUAUGGAACGAAAGUAAAGGUCGCAUUCUGAAUGCCUUGAGCCCACCUACCUCUCCAUUUCCACCAAGCAGUCCAACGUCCAGCAAUGGCAACUUCGACUUUCCAUCGCCAGAUGAAGAGUCGAUACCUCCAGCCACGAAAACGCCCAGGUACGAAUCGCCCACGCCAUCCUCCUCCUCAAAAAACUACUAUAGCGUCGAGGAAUACAGCGACGAAGAAGACGAUUUGCCAACCAACGGAGUCGAACACCAUUAGGUUACUCCGGAAUAUUGUGUUCACACGCAGCUUAUAGAUAGAUGGUGAUAGUCCUAGAUCCCAGUAUAAAACAUUACAAUGAUUUUGAGGAAAUUAUAGUACGUUACUAAAAUGAUUUGGUUAGUUUCAUAUAUUCCAUGUACAACUAUGUACCAUGAUACUUCAACAUUCUCACGUAUAUUUGAGAAAAACAGCUGAUCAGCAAGUGCGCCGCUUGUCUUAAAUUUGUUUAAAUAAACUUUUUAAAAUACAGCAAACAAUUUCAAAGGAAGCCACGGCGAGCAAAACAAAACAUGUAUGUCAUGUCGAACAGAGCGAAAACCAUGCGUAAAUACCAGCUGAUCUCUCUCAACAAACACGUGAUUUGUAGGCUCUCCCUUUCAUCGGUUGAAUUGGGAUCGGCAACGGCAGAAAGUCAAAACUAAUGUUAUAGUCUAGUCAUAUUAGACGAAAAUACCCCUGGUUUGCGAUAUAAUUGUAAAGUCUGGUUUUAUUGCUGCAAGUUGUUCAAGGGGGUAUUCAAAACAUGGACGCAUAAAAUGGGUACAUUUUUGUAGGAAAACUUUUUAUUCGACAACAAAGAAUGAGAAAACGUGUUUUUUGGAAUUCAAUUUUGGCGGGAACGAAAAAACUCUUCAUGUAAGAUUUUUAGGUAUUUAUGAGACCUACAAAAUGAGACCACACGUAAAAAGAUCGGACUAAUAGCAAAAAAGUUAUGGCCGAAAACCAUCGUCGCAUUACCAACAAGUGCCAAAACCUGCAAUUAGCCUCGGUUUUCGGCAAUAACUUUUUUGCUAUUAGUCGGAUCUUUUUACGUGUGAUCUCAUUUUAUAGGUCUCGUGAAUACCUAAAAAUCUUAAAUGAAGAGUUUUUUCGUUCCUGCCAACCCUUUCGAUUGAAUCCCAAAAAACACGUUUUCUCAUUCUUUGUUGUCGAAUUAAAAGUUUUCCCACUAAAAUUGGUGUACCCAUUUUAUGUGUCCAUGUUUUGAAUACCUCCUUAAACAACUUCCAGCAAGAAAGCUAGACUUACAAUUAUUUCGCAAACCAGGGGUUUUUUGGUCUAAUAUGAUUGGAUUAAAAAAACUACAUGUUUUAAAUAUGUUUGAAUCAUUGAAAUAAUUUAUAUUGGGAUCUUGGAAAAGGGCUUUUAUGUGAUGAUACGCUUGAAAGGAGGUGCAAGGUAAAGUUUUUCAUUGAAUGGUGGUAAAAGUGCCAGCACUGAUUUUUAUUGAAACUAAUUAGGCGCAAAUAACAAAUUGCCAUCAAUGUCUGAUCCCCGAGUUUGUUCAGUGAAUAAUUUUUCUUUGCACCAAUAAUAACAAUCGUCUGUAUAAACUGUUAUUUAUAAAUUAUUUGCGAUAUAAACAUGGACUUUUUAGCACAAUUUCUUUAUUGUGGUUUUUGUCACUCGUGAUAUACAUAUAUACAUUAUUUAUAUUCUAUUUGUAUGUUUGUUCCUUUUCAAGUAUUAUUUAUAUAUUUAUUUCAUUGUAUUUAAUACCAUUAUUGAAUAUGAAUAUGUGGAACUGAAUAAAAAAGGUGCAUGAAUCUUUUAUAAAACAAAUUACACUAAUUUGACGUUAUGAUUAUAAAAUUUUGAAAUGAAGUAUUUUUCAUAUUAUAUACACGUUAGCAGUUUAUAGCAUAAAGAAGGUGGGUAUGAUCACAUCAAGAUAACAAUAUUAUCAAAUUUAUUUUGAAUCUCCAUUUUGUACGUUGAUCUUGUACUACAGUCGAAUAAGAUUCAGAUUUGAAAAAGUUUUAGUUAUGGUGUAUUUUUUUAAACCACCUUUGUAUUGUUUUAUUAUUCUUAAUAGCUACUUACAAGCCUUGUGUGUUGCAAGCCUGAGAAAUUGCGAAUGCUGCGCAGAUUGUUGUUUAUUCGGCAUGCUUUACAAUAUUUACGAAAAUUGGGAAUUUGUAAAAGUAUACGAUGAGGUUAUUGAAAUUUUGUACGCAUUAAAAAAACUUUUUACAGUCCGCAAGACCAUUGCAUGCAAUCUGCAGUUUAAAUGAAUGAAAUGUACCCUGCCAGAUUCCUAACCUAUAAUUUUGUUUUUUUAGCUUUCAGAACACAUUUUUUAAUAUCCAAAAACGAGCAAGGUUAGCCAACCCGUAACGAAUGAAAUAUACCCUACCACAUUCCUAACCUAUAAUUUUUGUUUUUUAGCCUUCAGAACACAUUUUCUAAUACCCAAAAACGAGCAAGGUUAGCUAACACUAAACGAAUGAAAUAUAGCCUGUCACAUUCCUAACCUAUAAUUUUGUUUUUUAGCCUUCAGAACACAUUUUUUUAAUAACCAAAAUCAAACAAUCAAACGUAUAUCUGUAAACAAUAAUACCCUAUUUCACGAGUAUCCAUCACGCUUUGACGUCUACUAAGGUGAACAGCUGAUCAGCAAGUGACAUUUUUGUGUCGGUCUGCAACGUUGGCAAUAAUGAAUCGGGUAUAAAUCUAGUAAAACUUGUUUGUAGCCUUUUGUUUUUUGUAUGCAAAUGAACUUUUCUAAAUAAAACAGCCUUUAGCGAGUACAAAAUGAAUCUGUAACGUACAAAAAACCAAAACAAAAUACGGCUCUGUCUACCUGGCGGUUGACGGAUCCGUCAGAAUUAUGUGUUCUGUGGCUAUAUGGUGAAUUUUGAAGUAUCACUAGAUAACCAGCUGUUAUUGUUCUGUAACUAUAAGUAUAACCACACGAACGCCGGCCUGGCCUAGGGACAUUUGCGCAUUGAUAACUUUCUAACCAUUCCACCAGAAAUGCAUACUUGCAUGAAAAGUACGACUGAUUGAUUUUCAUACAAGAAAAUGACAGGAAGAAUCAGCUGUUUUAUUAGAGCGGAUGCGACUGAUCAUUUAUCUUGCUCUUGCAGACUGUAAAACGAGUAUAGAGGAUUCGAACAAAGUAGAAAUCUAUUUGCGACUUUGUUUCUCCGUUCAUGUACUCUUGCCUUUUACAAUGCGCUACUGGCAUGUUCCAGAUUUUUACAGCGCUUUCAGUAUGAGAUAGCGCGAAGCGCCAUUUAUUGCACCAGAAUCGACAUUGUGGAUCGCGCACCGCUGCUAUUAGUCGGAACUGUGAUGGAUCUCAGUUCGCGUUUAAUAGCCGUGUCGCUAGGUGGCUGGUGAUUCUGGCUGAAAGUAGAAGUGGUCUACUUGCCAUUGAACCGAUUACACAAGAUACUUUCGACCAAGAAAAGAAGACAGCCAACCACGGACAGCUGUUUCGUGCUUCUUAGCAUGGUAUAGGCUUCCAGUUCCAACCGAUAGCAGCGGUGCGCGAUCCACAAUGGUCGAUUCUGGUGCGAUAGAUGGCGCUUCGCGGUGUCUCAUGUUGACAAACCGUACCUCCGGUUUAGAGGAUCAUUGUGAUGCAUUCGUCUGUUCGCCCAGUGUUAAAAGACCAAGCCUAUACUAUGCUGAUGACUAGCCAAGAAGCACGAAACAGCUGUCCAUGGUUGGCUGUCUUCUUUUUUGGAACGAAAGCAUCAUGUUUAAGCGCUUUCAGUGCCUCGGCAAAAUAUUUGAGUAUGCGUGAAUACGGAAUAUCAGAGUUGUACGCUUGAUUUCCAUUAAGAUAAAAAAAUCUGUUAGAUUGUAGUAACAUGUCCUCCUAUAGGAGACAAAGUGAAGUCCUUGAAAAAUCCUAACAUUGUUUCCUCUAAAAAUACACAAUUGGCUAAUGUUUUGUUGAUCUUUUAAGCAUUUAAAGUGGACAGUAAUAUUGACACUGGAUAAGUAUAGUAUAUUGUUUAACACAGAACAUUACUUAUAGAGACAAACAGCUGCCGUGCUUCUUGAAUAUAAUCGUAUGAAAUGAAAGUUGUUCAAAGUUUCAAAUUCAUUUAUUGAAUGUUGAAUGGAUUAUUGUCCAAAGAGGUCGUACUGAAGAAUUUUGUACAUUCGUUCUUAAACAAGUAUGUAAUACUGUAAAUCUGAUAUUUUCGAGAACCUAGUGGUAUUUUAGUCUCUUUUUAGCAAACUUGUCUACUCGUAUAUUAUGAAC